AUGGAAUAUGAAGUCAAGAAAGGGAAGAAGGGCUUUGUGGCCCCCAUCCGCAGGCUAGUGUUCCCCAAGGCCGCGCGCCGGGCAGCCUGCCGGAGCAGUGUCAGCCGCCGGCCACUGCACUCAAUGCCCCUGUAUCCCCCCGACUAUCUCAUUGACCCACAGAUUCUGCUGUGUGACUACCUGGAGAAAGAGGUCAAGUUCCUGGGCCACCUCACCUGGGUGACCUCCUCACUGAACCCUUCAAGCCGCGAUGAGCUCCUGCAGCUGCUGGACACGGCCAGGCAGCUGAAGGAGCUGCCGCUGAAGACUACGGCGGAGCAGGACAGCAUUCUGAGCCUAUCGGCUCGCUGCCUGCUGCUCACCUGGCGCGACAAUGAGGAGCUUAUCCUGCGUAUCCCCACGCACGAGAUCGCCGCCGCCUCCUACCUGCAGGACGACGCGCUGCACCUGCUUGUGCUUAAGACCGGUCUGGGCGUGGACCCGGUACCCGCCGGCGUGGACGCCAGCCCCGGUGGCGCGGGGAGGGACCUGGGCCCGCUGGGCGCGGCGCCCGAGAGGCGGCGAGUGGGCACCACGGAGCGGCGCCACACCAUCUGCAGCCUGGAUUGGAGGAUGGCGUGGGGCGCGGGUGGCGAGGCCCGGGCCGGGGGCGGCGGCAGCCUGGAGCGUCAGCGCGCUGGGGCGCGGGCGUCGGGCAGCUGGGAGCGACGGCAGACGUUCAGCGGCAGCUGGGAGCGGCGGCACGGCGGCGGCGGCGGCGGCGGUGCGGGCAAGCCCGGCGGCAGCUGGGAGCGGAGGCAGGCGGGUGGCGGUGGCAGCGGCAGCUGGGAGCGGCGCCACCCGGGUCUCAACCCGCUCGACCCGCAGGACCCCAGCCCUGACGCCUACUGCAACCUUGUCAUCCUGGCUGUGGCCAACAGGGACGCUGCUGAGGAAUCCUGUGCCCUCAUCUGUCAGGUGCUCCAGAUAAUCUAUGGGGAUCAGAGCAUUGAGUGUGUGGACCGAGCUGGCUACCACUACAUGUCAACACCCGAACGGCCAUGGCUCUGCAGCCGCAGUGAGAGCUGCCACACGGACGGGACUUACGCCUAUGAUGCCGACUUCAGCUGCUGCAGCUCUUUCAAUGGCUCUCAGGACACCUUUGAAGCAUGUUACAGUGGCACAUCUACACCCUCUUUCCACGGCUCCCACUGCAGCAGCAGCGACCACAGUGGCCUUGGCCUUGAGCAGUUGCAGGACUACAUGGUCACGUUGAGGAGUAAGCUGGGGCCCCCCGAGAUCCAGCAGUUUGCCCUGCUGCUGCGGGAGUACCGGCUGGGGCUGUCCAUCCAGGACUACUGUACAGGCUUGCUGAAGCUCUACGGGGACCGGCGCAAGUUCCUCCUCCUGGGGAUGCGGCCCUUCAUCCCCGACCAGGACAUCGGCUACUUCGAGGGCUUCCUGGAGGGCGUGGGCAUCCGCGAGGGGGGCAUCCUCACCGACAGCUUCGGCCGUAUCAAGCGCAGCAUGAGCUCCACGUCGGCGUCAGCCGUGCGCAGCUACGACGGCGCGGCCCAGCGGCCCGAGGCGCAGGCCUUCCACCGGCUGCUGGCUGACAUUACACACGACAUCGAGGCGCUGGCCCCCGACGACGACGACGACGACUACGAGGGCGAAGACGAGGAGCCCCAGGGCGGGGGAGAUGCGGCUGAAGACAACUACCUCUAGCUGCCACCCCAGCGGAGGGCGU